UACCAUAACAAGCUUGUCAACUCAAUUGUUGUUAAAAAUGUUGUCAAAUUUUGUAUGUAUCAUUGCUCUAACGGAAAUGAUUUAGCAUGACUUCAACUUUCAAGACAAGCCUGCAAUCUUGUUGCCAUGCGACCCAAGUAAAUGAAAGUAUUUAUUUUUUUCACAUUGCUAAAUAGCCUAAAAUGGGCAGACUUCAGUACUUAAUUGACUAAAUGAUAUAAGAAAAGACUAGAGAGUGGUGCACAAGGUUCCCUGGAAGCUACCUAGUAACUUCGUGCCUCAGCAGCCAUGCCUAUAAAACACAAUUAGGUUGUGAUAAGAAUGAAGUUCUUUCCUUACUGUUUCCUGCUCUGGUCUAAUUUCAUAUCCUUUCCCAUUUCUGAACUUCCUAACAGCUAUUUUUUCGUCUAAAGCUUUAUAGCUAAAUUGGGUAUUUUCAAUUGGGUUAAAUUCCCCUUUCUCCAGCUAUUGAAUUACCUUCCAAAAAAAAAAAAAAAACACACUCAUUCCUCUACUUUUUUACAAAAAGACAAAAACCAUGACAGGAAGCCAUGAUGUGCACCAUGGUUGUGGUACAUUGCUUACCAUAGCCACUGCCACCAUCACCAGAGCCCAUAAGCGGUGGCGCAUUGCUUAUUUAGCAAUCUCUUCUAUCCGUUUCAUGGUCUUCCUUACCAAAGAGAUCGGGCCUAAAAGAAACAAGAAUAAUUCUAGCAUCUUGAAGGCUCACUUAUACACCACUCUUGAUAUUGAACCAUGCAGCUCCAACCAUGUUGAAAUUGAACACGUGCCCUGCUCCUUUGUCCCCAAAACUGAUCAAACUAUUCUCACAGAAAUUGUGAAGGAAAAGGACAUUAUAGCUAUUCCAUGUUCCUUUGUCCCCAACAUUGAUCAAACUACUCUCACAGAAAUUGUGAAAGAGAGAGACAUAAUAGCUCUUCGCAGUUUUGGCAGUGUGGAAGGUGUUGCCACUGCUCUCAAGACAAGUCUAGAGAAUGGGAUUCAUGGCCAUGAUGAAGAAGUCAGCCAGCGGCGUGCAAUGUUUGGUGCAAACACAUACCACAAGCCGCCUCCAAAAGGGCUCCUAUUUCAUGUGGUGGAUGCUUUCAAAGACGCCAUCAUCCUUAUCCUGUUGGUUUGUGCUGCCCUUUCUCUUGGUUUUGGCAUCAAACAACAUGGGGUGCAAGAAGGCUGGUAUGAAGGGGGAAGUAUCUUUGCAGCAGUAUUUCUAGUUAUCGUAGUCUCUGCCUUCAGUAACUUCAGACAGGAGAGACAGUUCCAUAAGUUAUCAAAACUAACCAACAACAUCAAAGUCGAUGUUCUUCGAGACACACGCCGCCAAGAAAUCUCCAUUUUUAACAUUGUUGUUGGAGAUGUCGCAUUUUUAAGUACAGGUGAUCAAGUACCAGCUGACGGAUUGUUCAUAGAUGGCCACUCAUUGCUGAUAGAUGAGUCAAGCAUGACAGGAGAGAGUGAUCAUGUGGAAGUAGAUUCUACUGGGAAUCCGUUCUUGCUCUCUGGUUCAAAGGUGGCAGAUGGGUAUGGUCGAAUGCUCAUUACAUCUGUGGGGAUGAACACUGCAUGGGGUAAUAUGAUGAGCUCAAUAUCUCAUGACACCAAUGAAAGGACACCUUUACAAGCAAGGCUUGAUAAAUUAAGCACUUCUAUCGGAAAGGUAGGCCUUACAGUUGCUUUACUAGUCCUUGUAGUCAUGUUUAUUCGUUAUUUUACGGGCAACACAAAAGAUAAAAAUGGGAUGACAGAGUACCUUGGUAGCAAAACAAAUUUAGAUAAUGUAUUCAAUGGAGUUGUGCGCAUUGUUGCUACUGCAGUCACUAUCGUGGUGGUGGCAAUCCCUGAAGGUCUGCCAUUGGCUGUCACACUCACACUUGCUUACUCCAUGAAGAGAAUGAUGGUUGAUCAGGCAAUGGUUAGGAAACUUUCAGCGUGUGAAACAAUGGGAUCAGCAACAAUUAUCUGCACCGAUAAAACCGGCACCUUGACAUUGAAUAAGAUGAAAGUGACCAAGUUUUGGCUUGGCGAAGAAUCCAUUGAAGAAGAUUCUUUGAUUGUAAUUGCACCAAACGUUAUUACACUAUUCCACCAAGGAGUUGGUUUAAACACAACUGGUACUAUCUACAAACCUGAAUCUGGAUCUGAACCAGAAAUUUUUGGUAGUCCAACUGAAAAAGCAAUUCUAUCUUGGGCUGUUUUGGGAUUGGGUAUGGACGUGGAAAAGUUAAAGCAAGAUUAUACAGUUCUCCAUGUUGAAACCUUCAACUCCACGAAGAAAAGAAGUGGGGUUGCAAUAAAGAAUAAGGUUGAUAACACCAUCCAUGUGCACUGGAAAGGUGCUGCAGAGUUAAUCCUAGCAAUGUGUUCAAGUUUCUAUGAAAGUAGUGGGAAUACAAAGUCCCUAGAUGAAGCUAGAAAUAAGUUUGAGAAAAUAAUCCAGGGCAUGGCAGCUAGUAGCCUUCGAUGCAUUGCUUUCGCUUAUAAGCAAAUAUCAGAAAAAGAAAUGGGAUGCCAUGAUGACGAGAGGACGAGCCAAAGACUAAAAGAAAAUGGCUUAACCUUGCUAGGGAUAGUUGGUCUCAAGGAUCCAUGCCGACCGGGUGUCAAGGAAGCCGUGGAAGCUUGCAGAGUUGCUGGAGUGGAGAUCAAAAUGAUCACUGGAGACAAUGUUUUCACAGCAAAAGCUAUAGCUACAGAAUGUGGAAUACUAAAGCAGAGUCAUCAAUUAAAUGGUGAAGUGGUAGAAGGCGUGGAGUUUCGAAACUACACGGACGAAGAAAGAAUGGAGAAAGUUGAGAAGAUCUGUGUCAUGGCAAGGUCAUCCCCAUUUGACAAGCUUCUAAUGGUACAAUGCUUGAAACAAAAAGGCCAUGUGGUUGCGGUCACUGGAGAUGGCACAAAUGAUGCGCCUGCUUUAAAAGAAGCUGACAUAGGACUCUCCAUGGGCAUUCAAGGAACUGAAGUAGCUAAGGAGAGCUCAGAUAUUGUAAUCUUGGAUGAUAACUUCACCUCAGUGGCCACGGUUUUAAGAUGGGGACGAUGUGUUUAUAAUAAUAUCCAGAAAUUUAUCCAAUUUCAAUUAACUGUGAAUGUUGCAGCUCUUGUAAUCAACUUUAUUGCAGCAGUUUCUGCUGGAGAGGUUCCCCUAACAACAGUCCAGUUGUUAUGGGUAAAUCUCAUCAUGGAUACACUGGGAGCUCUGGCCCUUGCUACAGAGCGUCCUACUGAUGAACUAAUGCACAAGUCGCCCGUGGGUCGGACAGAGCCUUUAAUAACAAAUAUUAUGUGGAGGAAUCUCUUAGCUCAAGCCUUAUUCCAGAUAUCAGUCCUCUUGACUUUACAGUUCAAGGGUGAGUCUAUCUUCAAUACUACAAAAGAGGUAAACAAUACAAUUAUUUUCAACACUUUUGUUCUCUGCCAAGUUUUUAAUGAGUUCAAUUCAAGAAGCAUGGAGAAGAAGAAUGUUUUCAAAGGAAUUCACAAGAACCAACUUUUUCUCGGAAUUGUGGGGAUAACAAUUAUUCUUCAAAUUGUGAUGGUAGAAUUUCUAAAGAAGUUUGCAAAUACAGAGAAAUUGAAUGGGUUACAGUGGGGCGUUUGCAUUGCGAUUGCAGCUGUAUCAUGGCCAAUUGGUUGGAUUGUAAAGUUUAUACCUGUCUCAGAUAAACCAUUCCUUAAUUACUUCAAAAGACCAAAAGUGGUAUUUAUGAGGACUAUGGGGUUGAUCUAUCAAAUGCAAGCAUCUUCCUCUAGGUUUAGAAUUGGUUGUAGGAGAACGUUAAGGCCUUGAGUAAAACAUGGGAAAAGUUGCUCCUUUAAGUGGCUCUACUGAAAAUUGUUAUUUUAUAAAUCUUACUCAUCAAGCCCAAGCUCGCUUUGCAGUAAGUUCAUGACAGCUCCUCAUUUCACUCACAUUGCAGUAGCUCUGCACUCACAUCACAACAAUACUUCGCAUUCAUCACUCACAUCGAAACAGUCCUUUGCAUUCUUCACGACAUUAAGGGCCCCAUGUCCUAUAGUGUUAGAAAUUGUCUCCAAUUUCCAUUUGGAUUUGGUUUCAUUAUUGGGUUUCCUUGGUGUGGAAGGAAAGGUUUUUCCUUGGUGUGGAAGACAAAAGUAUUCCAUAUUGAAGAAACAGUCAGCAUUCUUUAUCCAUCAAUAAAUAAAAUUGGAGCCUUAUAAUUGAGAAUUGUUGUAAAGGGUUUGGUGGUUUUUGCCCAAAGGUCCUCCCAAAGGGAGAGAGGAGAAGACGCCUAAAAGAACAUGGAGUGAGUUUCUUUGGAGAGUAGUUUGAGUGUUUGUCUAUUUUUGUUUGAGAUUUACUGGGUGUAUUGGGGCUUCAAAAUUGUGAGUUUGUGACAUUUGUGAGUGUUUUUUAUGUAAGUAUAUGAGGUUUGAUUGAGAGAGGUUGCACUCCAUAUUGUUGAUAAUGGAUUUUGGUUGGCAUUGCCCAUGUAUGUAGGCUUAGAGUUGGCUGAACUACGUUAAAUAUUGUUGUCUUAUGUGAAUGUUUUAUUUUCUUGUUCAUAUGAAGCACUUCUGCUAGCCCCAAAUUACAACACAGUUUAUACUUCUCUUCACAAUCAUGUCUUCUACUUUGUUCUUAUCCUAAUGCUGACUGGGUAUAUGGCCUUACUUAUUAUUGUUUAACCUUAGCCUUCUAAUGUGAGCAUGUGCUCAGUCAAUUAUUCGUGUGUGUUAAAAUAAUUAAGCAUGUACGUAAUUAGAAGGUUGUUAGUUAGUUAGUGCCAAAUGGCCAGUUAGUUAGAGAGGUUGUUAGGCCAAUCUUGGCCUUUGUACUCGUCUAGGCCUUAGUAUAAAAGGCUUCCAUUCAUUGUAAUUAGGCAUCAUGAAAUGUUAAGCACAUUUUAGUCUCUUGAAUCUCUCUUUUCUCUCUCUUUCUCAAGUAGGCCUGGCUACCUCGAAUUAGCCACCCAAAUAUCCCAUUUCCCUUAUUUAGGUUCAUAACAUAUUGUGCCCUGCAUGAUACUCGUUAUGAGCUUCUUUGGUUGCAAUGGUUGUUGGACCGUGACAACCGAAGUGCUAUUUCGAUAGUCCAUAAUGAUAUCUAUCAUAACCAAACUAAACAUAUUGAGAAUUGCCAAUGGGUGUGGCUUGAAUUACCAUCAAGUCAGUCAAAUUACAAUUAAAUUCAAGUUGCAAAAGUAGUCCAUAUCAUAUUCAACCUCUCAUUGUUCUAAGAAGUGUGAGUGAAAGUCAUGACAUAAAUCAAUCCACUUGUCAUGUUUGUUUUGUGUGAAAGAGUGCUGUAUCAUGGCACAAAAUAGUGUUUCUCUAGUAUUUGUUAUGUGUAAGAAAGAUCUUUGAGUGUAUCUAAGCUUCAAGUUUAUUGAGAGAGUCUUUGUACCACUAUUAUAGCUCCCUAAUAUCUUAGCGGAAUUUUCUCCUUGUCACCCCCUUGUGGAUGUAGGCAAUAUGCCGAACCACAUAAAUUCUUGUACUUUUUGUGUGUAUGCUUGUUGAUUUAUCUAUGUCUUUAUUGUCAUUGGUUUGAAUCUGGAGUUUUGUUGUACAACAAUAAUGACCUAUCAUUUUGUCUAUCAUUAUAUCCUUUGGACACUCUACAGAUUCACUCAAUUGCUUCUCUUGAUCAGCUCACCAACAUUUUACUAAAUCACUUCCACUAGCCUGCUUUCACAAUUAUAUAUCCAAACUCGGUAUCUCUUAACCCAUCUUAAGUUCAAGUCGAUUGUUGAAAUAUAUCAAGUAGGCCCAUACUAUUGAGUACCACACUGCCUUGUACUUUUAUACUGUAGGUCUAUAGGUGUAACUUAUACUAUCCUAGCAAGGUUAGUGGGCAUAUAUAUAUAUAUAAUGGCUCUCAUGCACUUCACAUUUAAUUUUAAUUAUAUUACUCAGUUUUUUCAUUACCAAGAUAAAUUUAAAAAAAAUUAAAGAAACUGUGAUACCAUCGCUUCUGAGCCACAUGAAGAAAGCUACUAGCCCACAUAUAUGCUUAAUGUCCUAAUCUUUUUACACAACUGGCCCAUGCCCUAGGUUGACAACCAGCAUAAAUCUUGGUGACAGAAUAUAUGUUUGAAUAACUUACCACUUGAAAAGGCUCUAGGAUGAUAGAUAAAUUAACACGUCAUGUUUAAUGAACCACUGAUAAAGAUGAAAUUGACAAUUAAAGGAUUUGUGUAGCUGACCAAAUGGUAUAACGCCGUUAAGUGGCGUAUUAUUCUCUUGGUUAAUCAUUAUGUAGGAUCCAUCACUGGGCUCAUAAGCAAGCAUAGUUUAUGCUCCUUAGCAUUGUUCUGGUUUUAGAUGUUCAGCUCUCAUAUGGGGAAAAACUUGGAAAGAAGAAAUGGAAUUUCUUGUCAAAACAAUUCAGUUUUCAGACUCAAAUCCAGUGUUGGAUUCAGUUUCAUAAGGUUGCUAUGCACGUGUAGUUACAAUUUCUUUUUCAAAAAUGGAUCUUAUCAACAAUAUGAAUCCUGCCCAUGAACUGUAAUUUUUCAAUUUUGCCAUAUAUCAAUAUAAAGUUGUGAUUUACAACUAUGUUUUA